UACUGUGCCACAAAUAAAAAUGAUCAUAAUACAAAAGGUCAUCUCCAGGUGUGCCUUCCUAAAACGAAUGCUUCUUGAAAAGCAAUUACUCUAAUAACACAUUAAUCCACACAUGACAAAGAACUUGCAAAGGCUACACAUAAAAAUGUAUUGUGCAAAAAUAGGACUCAUGUUUGAGAAAGGUUAAUCCUGCCCACUGGCUGGUUCAGGUUUAGCUCUGUAUGAAAGCAGAUUUCUUUCAUUUGUGAACAGAAAAGCCUAUCAUCUUAAGCCACUCCAUACAGUUCUGUUUUAAUUUAAUUGAUCAAAUGUAGAGAGUGAAUGCACACAGAAUAUAUGCAGCAAAUUGGCUGCUAUAUUUUCUUUUGUUGAAUCAUCUGGGCAUUUAUAUGUGUAUCAUUAAUCAUUUGAAUGUUGCAUUUUGAAAACCUAUAUGAAUAUGAUAGUGUAGCAUUUGAGGAUUGAAAGUUUGAUUACUAGAACAGUAGCAGUAAAAUAAACUAAUUUGAAACCCUACUUUUAGCUAUUUUAUGCAGGUAUUAUAACUAUAUGUAGGCAUUUCGAUGGCCCACAAAAAGUAAUAUUGCAAAAUCUGUAAAAGCUUUUGUCAAAAUAAAUUAAAAAAAAAAAAAAAAAUGACUCGUCUCUCCUGCAAGCUAUACAUUUAAGGUGAACUUUACUAUGACAUACAAUAUUGAACGACUAUUCGUUCAACACCUUCUAACAAUUAUAAAAUAAAGAGCUGGUCUUUUACCCAAGUGAAACUGUAUUAAUAUAGUAUUACUAAAAGACACUACUAUCAAAGACAAAUAUUUGCACUACAUAUCUGUCUCAAUGCAUAAAAGACCACACUGGCACUAUACAAUCUACUGUUUCUUUGAAUGGAAAAUACAAGCAAAUAUCCUAGAAUUCAAGGGCAGAAAUCCACAUUUAAUUUUUUAUAAAGUCACUUCUGAUAUAUAAAAGCAAUGGAAAUUGCUCCUUGGUGGCUUUUUUUUAUUUUUUUUUUUAAAUCACAUUUUCAAACAUUUUAAUGUUUGAAUUAAUUCCACUGUGGCCAUAUCUCAAAAUUGGCGAUUUUAUUGUGAAAUGUGACAGUCAGGCUCUAGAGGUGCAAUGUGCUUUGUAGUUAAAUGAACUGAAGAAUAUUUCCUGGCAUUACACUAGUACAGUAUUUGGGUGAAUAGAUAAUUAUUCAGUUUCAGAGGGUUAUGCCUUUAUCUAGGUCAUGUAUGCCGUUUUCUUUCACGCACAUUUUAGCAAGAACAAGCAAUUCAUUCGGUGGAGAGGAAUACAUGUGGCUUUCCUACUGAUAGUUUGUCACUUAUUACAACAAGGGGCAAAAAACAAAUGAGUGAAUUCUGAAGUAGGGCAAAGUGUACUGACUAGUGCAAUUUGUGCACACUGCGGUGCAGUAAGGGGUGGGUGCCAGUUUUGUUUGCAAAGCGAGUAAUGCGUGCAGGGUCUAUCGGGGAAGAAGAAACACUCCCUUGGGCGGUAAUUUAAGGAAUACCACUGCGCUACGCUGAAGUCAUGAACCAGCGAGUCAAAAGUGCAACCACUUAUUUCGUCCACUGUAUACUUUACCGUAAGUAUUGUCCACUGCCAUUAAAAAAACAGUCAACCGUCGCUCUUACAUUUUGUGAACGAGGUUUUUUUUUUUCUUUUUUUUUUUUUUUAAUCAAUGUGAAAAGAUCUAAAAAGAAUGAGGCAAUGUUUAUAGAAAGAAACACAACUCGCUGGCUUGCAUGAAUCGAUCCGAAUGGGUUAAUUUAGGCCCGCUGCCUGGUGCUCCUGAUGCCCUCUAGCGAGUGUUGUGGUUUUCCUUCCCCGCUCUCUACUGCAGAAAUAGAUCUCACAUUACUCCAAACCAUAGCCUGCAACAGAACACCGGGAGCUACUAUACUAUAGCCUGUUUCAUUUGUCUCUUUCAAAAAGCAACAGAAGACCCCUCUAAGCCGAUAAGAUUCUGAAGUCCCUAUUAGGCAACGGUUUUAUCUAAAACGGAUUUAAAAAGAGCUGCGGAAGGGAUCACUGAGAAGUUUGGAGGGAAAUGACUAGGCAUGACCUGCAGUGAUAGCACCAAGUUUGUGUCUCCUCCUGAAGUCUGCAUCUUGUUUCAGCAGCUACAAGAAGAUAACCACCCAACAAACUCUUCUACAAAAUCUGCAAGGAAAUCCAGAACUUAGGGGGGGAAAUACAAAACGAAAACCGCUCAAGUGGAUGAUUGGGUGCUCCGAUGCAAAACCCACAACCUGUCUGCAAUGGUGACAUGAAAAGGCCCGUUGUGCUGAAUUUUCCAAUUUUUAACAGUUGUUUUUAUUGAGUUUAUUUUUUAAAAGACAAAACUUCCUCAAAGGAAAAGAAAAAAAAUGCAUUUGUGCGGGAGAGCGCGGCGGGCUUUUCGACAGCCGACGCUCCAGAUGAGUCUGCUGCUGCUCUUCGCCUUUUGCAUGGUUAGCGUCUUCAUCUCAGCCUACUUCCUGUACGGCGUGAAGCGGGAGUUGGAGCCAGCCGGAGACGUGCUGGCCCCGGAUUGUGAUGACCCCAAGGUGACCCCAUCACGCUUGCUCCCCCUCAAGACCCUCAAGCAAGUGGACUCCUCUCGGACAGAUCCUGUGGUGUUGGUGUUUGUGGAGAGUCUGUACUCCCAGCUGGGCCAAGAGAUUGUGGCUAUCCUCGAAUCCAGCAGGUUUAAAUACCAGACAGAGAUUGCGCCUGGAAAGGGCGACAUGCCUACCCUCACAGACACAGACAGAGGCAGAUUUGCCCUCAUCAUAUACGAAAACAUCCUCAAGUAUGUGAACCUGGACGCCUGGAACCGAGAACUACUGGACAAGUACUGUGUGGAGUAUGGUGUUGGAAUCAUUGGCUUCUUUAAGGCAAACGAGAACAGUUUGCUGAGUGCCCAGCUGAAAGGUUUCCCACUGUUUCUGCACUCGAACCUGGGGCUGAAGGACUGCAGCGUGAACCCCAAGUCCCCUCUGCUGUACAUCACUAAGGCCAACGAGGUGGAGCGAGGGAUACUUCCAGGUGACGACUGGACCGUCUUUCAGUCCAACCACUCCACCUACGAGCCAGUACUGCUGGCCAAAACCAAGUCUGCGGAGAGCAUCCCCCAGCUGGGUGUGAGCGCCGCGCUGCACACCUCCGUUGUGCAGGACCUGGGCCUCCACGACGGCAUCCAGCGCGUCCUGUUCGGGAACAACCUCAACUUCUGGCUGCACAAGCUGAUCUUCGUGGACGCCGUGUCCUUCCUGACGGGAAAGAGGCUAUCUCUGUCCCUUGACCGCUACAUCCUCGUCGACGUUGAUGACAUCUUCGUAGGCAAGGAGGGCACGCGCAUGAAGGUCGAAGACGUCAAGGCUCUGCUGGAGACCCAGAAUGAUCUUCGAGCCCAUGUUCCCAAUUUCACUUUCAAUCUGGGAUUCUCAGGGAAAUUCUUUCACACAGGUACAGAUGAGGAGGACCAGGGGGAUGACCUGUUGCUGUCAUACGUCAAGGAGUUCUGGUGGUUCCCCCACAUGUGGAGCCACAUGCAGCCACAUCUAUUCCACAACCAAACUGUACUGGCAGAACAGAUGAUGCUCAACAGAAAAUUUGCAGCUGAACAUGGCAUUCCUACCAACAUGGGCUAUGCAGUUGCACCCCACCACUCUGGAGUAUACCCUGUGCAUGUUCAGCUGUACGAAGCCUGGAAGAAUGUGUGGGGCAUCAAGGUGACCAGCACAGAGGAGUACCCUAACCUGAAGCCUGCCCGCUAUCGAAGGGGCUUCAUACACUCCGGGAUCAGUGUUCUCCCACGGCAGACCUGUGGCUUGUUCACACACACCAUCUUCUACAGCGAGUACCCGGGCAGUCCCAAGGAGCUUGAUAAAAUCAUCAACGGAGGGGAACUCUUCCUCACUGUCCUGCUCAACCCAAUCAGUAUUUUCAUGACCCACCUGUCAAACUAUGGCAAUGACCGGCUUGGACUGUACACCUUCAAGAAUCUCAUCAAGUUCAUCCAAUCGUGGACCAACUUGAAGCUGCAGACUCUGCCACCCAUCCCGCUGGCACAGAGAUACUUCCAGAUCUUUCCAGAGGAGAGGGAUCCGCUCUGGCAGGAUCCAUGCGAAGACAAAAGGCACAAAGAUAUCUGGUCGAAAGAGAAGACUUGUGACAGGUUUCCCAAGCUGCUCAUCAUUGGCCCACAGAAAACAGGUACAACAGCACUAUAUCUCUUCUUGGGAAUGCACCCAGACCUAACCAGUAAUUACCCAAGCAAGGAAACCUUUGAAGAGAUCCAGUUCUUCAAUGGGCACAACUAUCACAAGGGGAUUGACUGGUACAUGGAGUACUUUCCCACUCCUUCCAAUGCUAGCUCGGAUUUCUACUUUGAAAAAAGUGCCAACUACUUUGAUUCAGAGCUAGCAGGGAAGCGGGCAGCUGCUCUCUUGCCCAAGGCCAAAAUCCUCACGAUUCUCAUCAACCCAGCAGAUCGGGCAUACUCCUGGUACCAGCAUCAGCGUGCUCACAAUGACCCUGUGGCUCUGAAGUAUACUUUUCACGAGGUGAUCACGGCCAGGCCCGAUGCCCCAGUCAAGCUCCGUAUCCUACAGAACCGCUGCUUGGUACCAGGCUGGUAUGCUACCCACAUUGAACGCUGGCUCAAAUAUUACCAUUCGAACCAGAUCUUGGUGCUUGACGGGCAGCUUCUUCGAACUGAACCAGCUUUCGUCAUGGAUAAAGUACAGAAGUUUCUAGCUCUAACAAACGUUACAAACUACCACAAAAUCCUGGCGUUUGAUCCAAAGAAAGGAUUCUGGUGCCAGCUUGUAGAAGGAGGGAAGACCAAAUGUCUGGGGAAGAGUAAAGGAAGGAAGUACCCUGAAAUGGAUUCUGAUUCCAGAGCCUUCAUGCAAGACUAUUACAGAGAGCACAAUAUUGAGCUGUCGAAGCUGCUGCAUAAAUCAGGACAGUCUCUGCCUACCUGGCUGCGAGAGGAACUGCAGAAUACCAGGUAGCGAGGACAGAGAGACGGGAGCAAAAAUUGAGAGAAAUGGGUACCAGCCAGCUGCGAAAUUCACGUACAUAGAGGACUGAGGAAACUAGAAGGAAAAAUAAUAAUUUUUUUUCAAAGCUUGGAGAGGAACCGGAUUGAGAACCUUGAGGAGAAAACGAGCGAUCAGUUAUCAAACUGUGGACCUGGCUGCAUUUCUACUGUUGUAGAGCUGUAGUCCUCUGUCCUCAUUGCUCUGGCUCUAAAGUAGCAUUGGCUGUAACUAAUGACAGCUGCCUUAGAAGAGGAAUGGACCAGGGGAGGAGGGUAAAGACUGAAACCCAAGUCUGGUUGGUCGCUGCAUAUGCCAGUGACGUCCAGCCAUAUUACAGUAGCCAGUAAGGGACUACAAGUGCCAGGAUGUGCAUUCCCGGUUAAUGUGGUCAGUACCAGUUGUUGUUUAUCCUUCCAUUUUUUUGUUGUUUUUCGUUUUUUAAAGCCGUCAUCAAUGUGUUUUAACACUGAUAGCCAGUAGGAAUACAGGUAUUGUAGAGUAUUUGGGUAAGGGCAUCAUGGAGAUUUGUAACUGGCUUUUUAAAAAUGUUAUUCUAUCAGACCUAGAAAAGUUAAUUAUUGCAGCACAACGGGAAAUGAAAUCAGAAGAGGUUGGGAUUUGUUUUUAAAAUAUUUGUUUUAUUCCACAGUAUUAAAUAACAAUGUUGACAUGCUUGUGAGCAGAGGUAGACAAGGUUAGGCCAAAAGCACCAUUAACUAGUUUCCUGUUUGCCACAAAAUUCUACUUUUGCGAAGAAAAAAUGUGAUUUGGCUGUUAAAACACAAACCUAUGUAUUGAUCCACUAAUGGAGAUUGGAGGAGAAUGUAAACUGGGUUGAUUUUCAUUCAGCAGUCUAAACAACUUCAAUUGCAGUGCAGUUAAUGUUUUUAGUUCUAGCUGACUGACUGUGUUUAUUGCAUAUUUACCAUGUGUGCGCCAGCAGUGCUAAAUGUUUGUAACAUCCCGUGAAAUGAUGCGUUGUUACAAUAACAGGUCAGGCAUUCAAAUGCUAAUAGAAGAAUUUAGGCAAGUUACUCCUACAAAGCUGUGGGAGAGAAAGGGGAGGAUACAACCAGCUGGGAGUUAUCCAUUGGUGGAAAUUGGAUAUAAUGAUGCCAUUUGGCACCAAAUGUGGGAUGUGCAAUGAGGAAUACAAAUAAUAAUUACUAAACCUUUUUAAAGCACAUUUCAAUUUUGUUCCAGUAUUGCUAUUAAGUCAUCAAUUUCAUCAGUCAUGCUGUAUUGUGAUCAUGCAACAUUCCCCCCCAAGCCUCAAUCACGCUCUCUGUCUUUCCGGUCCAUUGAGAAGGCAAUCUCGUUUGUCUGAAUAACCAGAGAUACACGACUGAGAUCAUGUCUAAGGAGUGUGAUAGACCCGGUCAGGGAAAAACAAAUAUAGAGGUUGUUCUUCUGUAGUCCCAUAAAGGGCACACAAUACAAACGGCGACGUAUCCGUCUUCAACUGAGGAAGUUAGCUAUCCUUCUGUACAGUUUCAAUGGUGAUAUAUAGUUUGUGAACUGGUCAAAAUAAAAGAUGCUGGUUCAGAUCCCAGCGCAGUCUCCUGUGGGGAGGAUCCCAGCAGCAGCCCUAGAUUUACCUUCAGAUUCUCUUAUGGAACCUCGAGUUUCUUCAACUGUUAGAAGCUUUUCAUGAAAGCCACCUGAGGAUUCUUAAAACAAUCAGGUCAGGAGUGUAUAUGGAAUUUCAGAAAUCAAGUUUAGUCAGUGCCACAAGGGUUAGGAACUAUUUGUUACAAAGGGCUAAAGCCAUAAUCCACCACAUGGUGUAAUAUUAAGGGGUUCCCCAUGGUAGUAUUUACUUGAAAACACACAUACACAGUAUAUUGUUCUGUUUUUGCAGAAACGGUAAGUCUGACAGAUAUAUUGUUCCUGACCUGAAUUUAAUCAAAGUUUAUGGUGCUCCGUAGCUAUAAAAAAUAAAAUAAAAUAAUCGUCAUAAGAUUAAAGCAUCACAAUAACUGUUAAUUUGUUGGUUUUUUUCAUGUAUUUGAGUUUUAAUAACUGCGUUGGGUGGCUAUUUAUACUGCAGAUUGAGUUAGAAGUACGUUAUACAGACAGAUCAAAAGGAAACCCACACUAUUAAAUACCAGGCAUAAGAAAAAGCUUUAGUUGGCUUCAUGCAGGAUCGAUAGUGCCUUGUACAAGAGCAGUACAUUUACAUGUCACAUGUUGUAGUGCAUAGUUACCAAGAAGCAACAGUACAAUCCCAAAGUGCAAACCAUAUUUGCAUUGACUAUUGCUAUACAACCUUAGCCUUCAUAAAAUCCUCCAAACAUGGUGUUCUUUUAUUUUGAAGCAAAUACUGGUUAGCAGACCACUUGGUACUUGACUGUGAGGAAAGUAUGGUUCAGAUGCUUGUACAGACCUAGUACCUUAAUCGUGGCUUUAUUAAGAUUACACAGGGUUCAACUGUUUUCAUUGCCUGUCCCCCAGUCUUUACACGUGUAGUUAAUUUGCUUCAGCUAAAUGUAUUGAUAUAUUUCAGUGAUUGUGAGAGGUAAUACAUUUAAUAGUACACUGGCAUGUUUGGUCUGUUUUUUAAUGAAAGCAAAAGAUUCGAGCUGAAUAUUACAGCUCACCGCUGCUUUGAAGUUGUAUCCACUAAUGGAUCUUCUAAUUGGUGCACAUUCUGAAGCUUGUAGUGGCAAGAAAUCAGUUUUUAUUAUAAUUAUUUUUUAUUAUCGAACACAGUGUGCUGUGACAAGGUAGUUUUUGGUACACUGCUGUGAACAGCAGUGCCCCAAAACCAGGAAUUUAAAUGGCACCUUGGUAAUUAUUGCCAAGAUAGUCUCCAAAUGUUUCUGCAAAGCCAUGUUUGGCUGUGCUAAAUUUCCUUGGUUUCUGUCUCCUCACACUCAGGGUAAGCUCUGCUCUGCUAAUUUUGGUAAUUGGCUCCCCACAGUUAAGAGGAAAUUGCUCUGCGGUGCAGUGCCUUUCCGUGUAAUUCUCUGUUCCGAGAAACAAUGAUGAUGCACUUUGCAUUGAGUAGAUAAAUGACAUCCUUUGAACUGCAGGUUUUUCUUUAUUGGGUGGUUUUUUUUUCUUCCCACCAAAACAGAGAUUGUAUUAAAUAAUUAGGUACUGACAAAACUCCAUUAAGUGUAGGUAUGGUACACGCUGUAUUAACUAACCAAAUUUCAAUUCUUAUUAUGAAAAUUCAGGAUUGUAGGAAUGUAAACUGUUCAUGAUAAUUUAAAGCCUACAAAUUAUUUAUUAAUAUUGGCAUUAUUAUUAGUAUUAUUUAGUUUAAGUCAAGAAAAUGAAAUACUUACAUUAAUAUUGAAGUCUUGACAAAAUCAAACCACGUUAUUUUUAAAAUCAGACUGUUUCUUGGAUAUUUUAUAUUGUUCUUGCAAUUAAAUCAGGACAUUUCUACAGGGGAUGUUGGGCACGACAAGUAUCUUGACAAGGUUUUGCCAAAAACAACUAAAUAAUAAAUAUCCACUUAACAGUAUAUUGGGAGCAUAUUUUACACAAGAUGUUCUAUAUUGUGUGAAGUCAUCUGUUAUGAUGUGGAACAACUAUUCCAGUUGUAGUGUUCAUCUCGAAAUGAUGGAUAAUGCUGUGACUCCCACUGUACUAGAAAAGUUACUGGCUUUCAGACAGCUGUGUUAGCUUUUGGCUUUAUUGGAAAUAAAGCAUUUCUAUUCUGGCAGUAUGCUUUCAAGCACAGACGAGUGCAGGAUAAUCAAGUAUUUUGCAGCUUUUAGUAGAAAACUCAAAUAUUAUGAAAGAAAUAUAUAUUUGAAACAGAUUGUGCCUAUAUAUAUAUAUAUA